AUGAAAAAUAGAAUUUUUAUACUUAAGGAAUUGGGUAUAAAUUCUGUAGAAUUAAGUCAUAUUUACCGAUUUCCAACAUUAAUGAGAAAAAGAGUAAAAACAUUUAAAAAAAUAAAUAAUAUACCUGAUACACGGAUAAAAUAUCAAAGUUUCACAGAACUGAUGAAUAUAAUACAUAUAUUGAAACAUAAAUUUAAUUUUGAUGAAAAAUUUAUAAUAAAAAAUUCAUAUCUUUUCAAUAUAGAUGUGGAUAAUGUUGAGGGAAUGAUUACUGACUUUAAAAAAAUUAAAAUAAAAGAAAAAACUUUAUUUGAUUUAAUAAAUAUAUAUCCUCGUAUUCUCUUGUAUGAUUUAAAUAAAGUGAAAGAAUUAAUAGACCUUUACAGAAAAUUAGAUAUACCAUAUCAGUUUUCUUAUUUUUUUAUAAAAUGUUUAUCAAUGAAAAAAAAAAAAUUUCUAGAAAUAUAUAAAAAUUUUGAAAAUAAUACAGAAUUAGCUGUAUGGUCAAAACAUCCACGAUUCUUACAAUUAAUUUAUUAUCACAAAUUAGUCAAGAAGCGUUUAUAUUAUAUGAAAUAUUUAAAUUGUUUAGACCAUGCAAAUAUUCAAAUAUAUUUAUCAUCAAAGGAAAUUUUUCUCAGAUUCAUAGAAGGAGAAUAUAAUUUAAAAUCUAAAAAAAAGCUUUUAUUAUACGUUUUUCAUAAUGAACUUGGAAAACAUAUUAAUUUAUUGUCUGUAAUUCAAAAACAUCCUUAUUGGAAAUGUGUUCCCUUGUUAAUGAUUAUUAAAUCAAUACAAUAUUUAAAGAAAUAUUAUUCAGUAGAAGAUAUAUGUCAAAAUAUUCAUAUCGUAUUGUAUCCAAGAUCAAAAAUUGAUUGCACAUUGAAUUUGUUAUAUAAAAAAUAUUCACAAAAGGAAUAUUCUGCACAUUACUUAGCAUUGUGCUUAUAUGAAUUAGAAAAAAAAUAUUAUUUUAGUGGAGAUGGAAUUUGGCCAAAUGAAGUAACAGUUUUCAAAUCAAAUAUUUUUGAGGAUUCAUAUCAUUUUGAUAAAUGUAUUGGAUCUAUAAAUAACAACUAUAAAAAAAAUAAAGACACAUACUAUCUAAAUGGAAAAGCAUGGCUUGAAUAUUUACUACAAUAAUAAUGAUACAUUUGAAUAGAUUUAUAGAAUAAUACAUAAAAAUAUAUGUAUAUAUAUA